UAAUCAAAAAGGGUGCAGAAAUUUUUUUUGGGCCCUCCCCGCCAUGAGCUCCUACGUAGCCAAUUCAUUCUAUAAGCAGAGCCCCAAUAUCCCUGCCUAUAACAUGCAAACUUGUGGGAACUAUGGAUCGGCCUCAGAGGUGCAGGCAUCCAGGUACUGCUACGGCGGAUUGGACUUAAGCAUCACUUUCCCACCGCCUGCGCCUUCCAACUCUCUCCACGGGGUAGACAUGGCUGCCAACCCCCGGGCUCACCCCGACCGCCCCGCCUGCAGCGCCGCGGCCGCUCCGGGACACGCUCUGGGCAGAGAUGAAGCGGCUCCUCUGAACCCCGGGAUGUACAGUCAGAAGGCGGCUCGCCCAGCGCUGGAGGAGCGAGCUAAGAGCAGUGGGGAGAUCAAAGAGGAGCAGGCGCAGACAGGGCAGCCCGCCGGACUGAGCCAGCCACCGGCCCCGCCACAGAUUUACCCGUGGAUGACCAAACUGCACAUGAGCCACGAGACGGACGGCAAGCGGUCCCGAACCAGUUACACGCGCUACCAGACUCUGGAAUUGGAAAAAGAAUUCCACUUUAACCGAUACCUCACUCGCCGCAGGCGCAUAGAGAUCGCCAACAACUUGUGUCUCAACGAGAGACAGAUCAAGAUCUGGUUCCAGAACCGCAGGAUGAAGUGGAAGAAAGAUUCCAAAAUGAAAAGCAAAGAGGCUCUUUAGAGGCAGCGCGGAGGCCCGCAGAGAGCACCCCAGCCCGCUCGGGUCCUGCGCCUUUCCUUUUCGGUUUUCCUCUCUGUAUAUCUUGGGGCACGGGCGGGGCCGGAGCACAGGCUCCCAGGCCGCACAGACAAAAGCGCUUCCCCUUGACAUUCCGCAUCCCCUCGACCCCAGGUCCCCAGAGGGCUGCCCGCGCUGCCCGGACGCCCCUCAGUUCUGCUCA